CGUACAGCUGUCUUCAUACUUGUCUCAGACUCAACCACCAGCAAGAUGGAUCCUAAAUAUGAGUACAAUUCUGAAGCCAGUGGAUAUCACGCGAAUUAUAUGAGAAAUUCUAAAGCUAUUGGUGUCCUUUGGGGGGUAUUUACCAUAUGUUUUGCCAUUAUUAACGCUGUUGUUUUCAUUCAACCGCAGUGGAUUGGUGAUACGCCUGAUAGUCGAGGCACCGGAUAUUUCGGCUUAUGGCAGUCUUGUCGCCAGAGCAUCCAAGACGGCCAGGAGUUGGUAUGUCAGGGUAGAUUAGACGAUUUUGGAUCAAUGCUAUCCCCUGCAUUCAGGGUAGCUACAAUUUUUAUAGGUCUGUCAGCAGUUGCGAUUGCAAUCUGCAUACUAUGUAUGUUCUUAUUUUUGGUCUGUCAUUCCUCAACUGUGUUUCAUAUAUGCGGAUGGCUGCAAGUAUUAUCGGGUGCCUGUAUGAUAGUGGGCGUUGUUUCCUUCCCCGCUGGUUGGGACUCGGAUGCAGUGAGAGAGGUUUGCGGUCCAGAAGCAGAUGAUUAUGAUAUUGGCCAGUGCGGUGUUCGAUGGGCAUACAUACUGGCAACCAUUGGGAUUUUCGAUGCAGUCAUCCUGGCAGCUCUAGCGUUUCUUCUUGCUACUCGUUAUGUAAAAAUUACUCCAUCCGAACCUCUUGUACCUAAUGGUUCUAUUUACAAAGGUGAGGUCAACAGUGCUUUCCUGGCGGAUACACAAUCCUUAGCUUCUCGCAAAUCAUUAGCUUUGCAACCAGUAGUUCUGAUGCCUCAAGCUAGAGACCCAGAACGUAUAUCAGAAUUUUCUCAGAGGACAGGAAGAUCCAAAGCCAGUCAUUAUACAUCAUCUGUUCACAAUUUUCAGCUUUAAAUAAGACUGUAGGAUGAGAGAAAGAAUCAUGAAUAACUUGCGAGCAGAAUGUUCUCCAGAAUGCAUUUUGUAUACUAACAUAAUUCCUAAGUAGAUGCCACUAACAACUCAUCAUUCAUAAAAAAAUAAUUUAUUGACUCUUUUGUAAUAUAUAUGCAUCGAAAGGGUCGUAAAAUGCUUCUAUUAAAGGGUCAGAUAAAGUUCCCAAAUUAUCUGAUCGCUUGCAAUCACUCUGACAUGAGAAUGCUCUCAACGCAUUUGAAUAAUGACAGGGACAAAUAGCUAACUCUGCUGUGAUCAUAAUUCUGCAGUUAUUUUCAUGUUUUGCAAUCAAUAGUUAAAUUGCAUAAGUAUAUAAUUCUAAUUUAUUUACUAGGAUUCUCUCAAUAUAUUUAUUGUGAGCUGUUAUUAACAGAACUGUGGAAUGUGAAGAUUUUUCAGCUUAUAUCUGAUAUCUUUUUCUGUUGUAAAAUACCCUAUAUUGAUGAAAUAAUAUUUUCUCCUUGGCUAUUUUGACUGCAUAAUGAUGUGGGUUGCAAUACAUUUACUUGACAUAUAUUUGAGAAUGCUUAGGGUAAUUAUUUUCCCUAUAAGGAGGGACGGAUUAAAUAUAUAUAUAUAUUACAUUAAAUUAAUAUUAUUUAAUGUAAUAUAUAUAUAUAUUUAAUUUUACUGAAAUAAUUUUAAAGGUUGCUAUUUCAUUUUAAAGUUACAGGGAUGAAAAUUUCAAUGAGUUAUAAAUAAAAAAAACAUUGUCAUCACAUAAAAAGGUAAUAAAUUAGAGAUUACCUUUUACAUUUUCCAGCAAAUUGCUAUACAGUCAAAAGUCGUUAAUUCGGACAUCCAUAAUCCAUAAUGAUCUAUAAUCCGGACCUCAAAGCUACAAACUUCCUGCGCAUGCGUCAAGUUGACGCAUGCGCGUAAGACCUUUACGGC